AUGAGAUAUCUAUUCAGUUUCAUUCUCUUACAUUUCAUUUUUGCUACUCCGCAAAUCAAUCUUCAUUAUACAGAUUGGCUAAGUGAAAAUGAAAUUAAUACUGUAUUACAACACAAUUGUUUGCGUGUUGCUGCUUCUAAUGAUGAAGCAAAUGUUAAUCAUGAAAUUAUAUCUUAUUGUAUGAAUGAAUUGCCGUCAAAAUUUCAUAUAGAAGACAAUGAUAUCUUUCCAAAGUUUACAUUUGGUGAACUUUCAAAAUUGAGUAUUACUAGUCAACAAUUAUAUCUUUGGUCAGCACCGAUCGACCUUGUUGAACGUUAUCAAUUCUAUUUAAAUCAAUUAUUAACAUCCAAUUAA